AUGUAUAAAUCUCCUAGUCAUGAAGAGGAAGUUGAAGUUCCCAAGGAGAAUGAUGUUUGGCUUAAUGCAGAGGGAUUCUAUACUAGUCAGCAUGUUACCAAAAUGUCUGUCAUGAAUACGAGUUGUGAUGACUGCUGGAUCCAAGGAACAAAUUAUAGUUACCGUUUAACUAAGCAGACCUCAGCUAUGGAGAUGUAUCUUUUGGUCACUGUGUUGAGUUUCACUAUAGUGACAGACAUCAUUGGAAAUGGUCUGGUGAUUUUUUCAGUUCUGAGAAGCAAAAAGCUAAGAAAUCCUGGUAAUGUUUUUGUCAUCAGCUUGUCUGUUGCUGACCUGCUUGCUGCCCUGUAUCCCUAUCCUGCAUUUCUAACUGCAAUAGUCAGUGAUGCUUGGAUACUUGGAGAUAUGCACUGUAAAUUAAGUGGGAUUGUCCUUAGCAUGGGGGUCAUUGGUUCUGUCUAUAGUAUUACAGCCAUUGCAGUCAAUCGGUACUGUUGUAUAUGUCACAGUAGCAGAUAUGACAAGCUAUACAGUAUGAAGAAAACCUAUUGUUAUUUUGGCAUUCUCUGGUUAGUGACUAUCAUUGUCUUGCUGCCUAUCAUUUUUGUUGAUGCUUUGCAAUAUGACCCACUAAUAUACUCAUGCACAUUUAUACAAAGCGUUAAUGCAUCAUGUGCCAUGUCUGUGGCCUUUAUUCAUUUUAUUAUUCCAGUUUCACUUGUCAUCUUCUGCUACUCAAGCAUUUGGAUCCUACUUAUUCAGGUCAAGUACAGAGUCAGGCAAGAGAGCAAGCAGAAACUGAAGCCUUCAGAAAUACGGAGUUUUCUAACUAUGUUUGCAGUGUUCGUGAUUUUUCUCAUUUGUUGGGGUCCAUUUAGUGUUAAUAGUUUGAUUUUAGGCUUCAGUCCACCUGGGAAGGCUCCAGAAAUUCCUAACUCACUCUAUGUAUUAAGUUAUUUUAUUGCCUACUUUAACAGCUGCCUUAGUGGUAUUAUUUAUGGAAUUAUGAACAAAAAUUUUCGCCAGGAGUACAAAAAAAUAUUUACGCUGCUUUGUGUGCCAGUGCUAAAGUGCAAGAAGACAUCUUAA